AUGACCUCUGAAAGAAUGAAUAAGCUCGAUAUUAAUAAGGACAACAUUCAAGGCAACAUCUGGCCGGGUUUGCCGAAGCUCCAUGAAUUCUUUUUAUUUUUCAAUAUUACCUGUGAAAGGAGGUUUCGUAGAGACCUGAAAACACUUAUUCCACUGAUUACCACAGCGAAUGAUGCUGUUAAAUUCAAUGAGCAGAUCAGACAGAACAAGACUGAGGUGCCCAGCGGAGAAGCAAAGUCCGAAGUGAUUCCACUCACCGGUGUAAACUUAGCCUUGAGCGCCAAAGGAUUGAAAAAACUUUUCAAGGAUGAUAAGGACAAUUUGAGAUCUGGCAACUUCCUAGGAGGUAUGCUUGCAGACUUGCAAGGUGGAGUUGCCGGUGGUGAAGGUCGGGAUAAUCCAGACGACUGGGAGGCAAAAUUCAAGCCCGAAGUCGAAGGUCAAUAUAUUGAUGGUGUGAUUCUUGUCACCGGCCGAUCUGAGGAGACUGCGCGAGCAAAACUGCGCAAGGUGAAAUAUCUCUUCAUUGGAUAUUUUGGUUUCACUUCCAGCAUCAAGGAGCUCUUCGUAGAGUAUGGGCAUGUGCGGCCAGAUCCCAACAGCAGCAAUGAACACUUCGGUUACCGUGACCUCAUCUCCCAACCCCAGCUGGAGGGGCUUGACCCGGCUCCCAAGGGCAAAUAUGAGCCGCCACUUGUACCGCCAGGAUAUAUUAUAACUAAUGCCGACCAAGAGCCUGUUGGUCAGCCGGAUUGGGCGACGGACGGUAGCUUCCUUGUCUUCCGCAAGUUGAAACAGCUGGUGCCUGAGUUCAACAAAUGGCUGGAUGACACGGCUCCUAAGAAUCAUCUGACCGCUGAUCAGCUUUCAGCACGCUUAAUGGGCAGAUGGAAGAGCGGUGCCCCUGUGUUUCUUACGCCAUGCGAAGAUAAUCCGUCGCUCGCUGACUGCAAUAACUUUGACUUUCAACCCGGCAAUAAUCAGGAAAAGUGUCCAUUCGCCGCGCAUAUCCGCAAGUGCAGACCCCGGGGAGAUGUCACGGAUACAUCUACUUUUUCCAUGAUGCGUCGGGGCAUACCCUAUGGGGAUGAAGUCACUAAAGAAGAGCACGAUCAACAGGCAACACAGAAGGAGCGUGGAAUGCUGUUUCUGUGCUACCAAAGCAACAUUGCGAAUGGAUUCAGGCGAGUUCAAGAGCACUGGUGUAACAAGAACACCUUCCCCCCGCAGAAGAGAGUUAUUACAGGCCCUCCAGGACCUGGUGCCGACCCCAUCUGUGGCCAGCCUAACGGGCCUGACCCAUUUGUUAUGGGAUUAUGUGACGGCCAGAACAAAAAUAUCCAUGUUGAUUUGAAGUGCUGCGUGAUCCCUAAGGGAGGGGAGUAUUUCUUUUCUCCAUCGAUCAAAGCACUGACGAAUAUUGCCAAGCAGUCCGCCAAGUAA